AUGCCGCGCCAGACCAAGAAGGCCGACGAUAAGAAAGUUGCCGUCGCGCCCGCACCAACCAUGAUUCCUGCUCCCACAGCUGGAGUUAUUCCUCAGCCGCCCAUUCCCAUCGGCGUCACCCAACGCGUCGUUGAUAAUGAGAGCUUCCUCCGUGUUCGCGAUUCGGCUGUUGGCCGCCUGACCACCAUUCUGGAGCUCCUGCGGUCUUUCACCCAGGACUACAUUCGCCAGACCAACCUUUUGCUUGGUGAGCCCACCGCCGAGGGCCAGGGUGACCUGCUCAGCUCUUUCGAGACGGCUGCUGCUCAGCUCAUGAUGCCUGUUUCUGGUGACAUGGCCGCCCCUGUUGAGGAGAAGAAGGAGCGCAAGAAGCGCACUCAUGACCCCAACGCCCCCAAGCGCCCUCUCACCCCCUACUUCCUGUACAUGCAGCAUGCCCGCUCAAUCAUUGCUAAUGACCUUGGUUCCGAGGCUCCCAAGGGUGCUGUUCAGGAGGAGGGUCAGCGUCGGUGGGCCAACAUGAGCCCUACGGAGAAGAAGGGCUGGAACACUGCCUACCAGUACAACCUGCGCCUCUACAAUGCCCGUGUUCACUCUUACAAGAACGGCAAUCCUCUUGCCAAGAAUAUGAGCGACGAGGAGGCCCUCAAGUAUGCCGACGAGUUCCAGAUCCCCAUGCCCUCUAUCAAGGACGAGGCUGCCCAUGAGGUGCCCGCCAAUGAACAGGAAGCCAUUGCCGAACAGCUCCAGGACGAGGCCAAGACGCCUAAGAAGGCCCCUCCUCGCAAGCGCAAGACUGCCACUCCUGCUGCUGACACCACCAUUACUGAGACGGCCAAGGCCACGCCCGCCAGCCCCGAUAAGAAGCGAAGACGCACAUCCACCAAGCCUGUUGAGGAUGAGCCCAAGAAGUCCGGACGCAAGAAGACUAAGAGCUCUUAG